AGGCAAACCAUGAAACUGAUGUAUGGAAUCAUUGCUCAAGAGCUAAAAACUUCUCAACUUAAAGAUGUACAACUUUCUGACUAUCUAAACUUCUAUUGUCUGGGUAAUCGAGAAGAAUUACAUGGAGAUUCAAAGUCUAAUCACGCUUCACAUGGCGAUUUGCAUAUCUCAGCUUCACAGAAAUUUGGACGGUUUAUGAUUUAUGUACACGCCAAGGGGAUGAUAGUGGACGACGAGUAUGUCAUUUUAGGAUCUGCCAAUAUUAAUCAAAGAUCUAUGGCUGGUUCAAGAGACACAGAGAUAGCUAUGGGUGCAUAUCAACCUAAUUACACUUGGGCUAAGAAGCAAAAACAUCCACGUGGCCAGGUAUAUGGUUAUAGAAUGUCCCUGUGGGCAGAGCACAUGGGGAAGUUGAACGAUAUCGUCACAAAACCAGAAAGUUUGGAGUGUGUAAGGCAUGUGAAUAAGGUUGCUGAAGAUAAUUGGAAAAGAUUUACAUCUGAUAGUUUCAAACCUUUACAAGGUCAUCUCCUCAAGUAUCCGGUCCAAGUAGGUAAUGAUGGGAAAGUAAGUUCCUUGCCUGGUCAUGAACAUUUUCCUGAUGUUGGUGGUAAAAUACUAGGAGCUCGAACUAAUCUUCCUGAUGCUUUGACCACAUAACUCUUCGUCUCUUCCGGUUUUGUACUGUCCAUAAAAUUCAACCAAUUUUCUUAUAGAAUUGGAGAGUAUAUUUAUCAGUAUCUCAGCACAGUGAUCAAGAAGUACUAUCAUCUUGGUUGCUGUUGGAGUUCUGCAUCGCGUUCACUAAUGUUGUAACGUUCAAUGUAUUAAUAAUGUAGUAAAUAUCUUGUUCAUGAUGAUCUCAAGAAUCUCUCCAAAUGCACAGUUAAUUUAAAAUAUGAUAUAAUUACUACAAAUGCAGAGUGAAGAUUUUCGGCCGUUUGCUGUUAACUGAUUUCUGUUUGUUCUAUGUUACUACCAUGAGAGAAUGAUAUUUUAUUCUUCAGUUUC